ACCCCAAGGGGAGGGUCAAGCGCCUACAAAUAGCGCCGAAGGAACCCGACCUGUAGCUUAUUCAGCAGGUUCACUCGACAAGGACAGGAUGAGAGCUGCUGUGGCCUUUGUGGCGGUCGUGGCGCUACUUUGCGUGGCGGAGGCCGACCCGGGAGGCAAGGGAAAGGGCGGAGGAAGGCGAGGCGGGGCGAGGCACUUCGGCGGCUUCCGCCCGGGAGGCUACGGAAGCUACGGCAGCGCGGGGGCCUUUGGCGGGGGUGUUGGAGGCUUCGGCGGUAGGCCGGGAGGCCUCGGUGUUAGCGCAGGCUUCACUGGCACCGGUGUGAGCGCAGGAGCUUUCGGAAGCGGAACCGGAGGCUUUGGCGGCAGACCAGUUGGCACCGGAGGCUACGGUGGACUGGGAGGCACUUCAGGCUUCGGUGGCACCACAGGAGGCUUCGGUGGCACCACAGGAGGCUUCGGUGGCACCACAGGAGGCUUCGGUGGCACCACAGGAGGCUUCGGUGGCACCACAGGAGGCUUCGGUGGCAACACAGGAGGCUUCGGUGGCACCACAGGAGGCUUCGGUGGCAACACAGGAGGCUUCGGUGGCAACACAGGAGGCUUCGGUGGCACCACAGGAGGCUUCGGUGGCAAUACAGGAGGCUUUGGAAGCGGUGGCUCUUCGGGAGGCUUCGGUGGCACUUCAGGAGGCGUUGGUGGCACUUCAGGAUCUGGAGGUGUUUCCGUCAUCGAUUUCGCACGCAAAGGCCCAUCAAAAGUUACCGCCUCAGCAGGAAGCAGAACCUCGACUUACGGCCGUUAACCUCAUAACUAAAAGACAAACGAUGUGGUUUUAAUUGCUAUGUGGUCGCCUUAUUGCAUGAAGGACGUACAUAGCCACGUAAAAGACACAUGAUGUGGUUGUGAUUGCUAUGUGGCCGUCUUGUGGCAUGGUGAUCGGGGGAGGUACUGUCCUAACGAGAUUGUUCUGCAGUUUAAGAUCAUCGUUACUUGGCUUGUUUCCAAACGCGUGUGGUUUCAUUAUAAGUCCAGGUUUCUUUUACACGUACGCCUCCUGUGCAUAAGAGCGAUUAAAAGGAUUUCCAAACAUAAA